AUGGCCAUCCUGGGCGCCCUCAAGCUCGCCCCGUCUCCACCCGCCCUCGCCGGAGCCGCGCCACCGGCGACGUCUACGCCCGCGCGCUCCUCGGUGCACUUCCACCUCGCCAAUGCCGGCGCCGCCGCGCUCGUCGCCGCAUCGCUCCUCGUCGCCGACCCCGCCGUGGCUUUCAUUGUCCGCCCGCCGUUUACUUACCCUGCCUUGUUUCUGCUGUCCUCCCAAGGAGGAGGCCCGUACGGGAAGCAGGUGACGCGGGGGCAGGACCUCACCGGCAAGGACUUCAGCGGCCUGACGCUCGUCAAGCAGGACUUCAAGACGUCUAUACUGAGGCAGGCGAACUUCAAAGGCGCGAACCUGCUCGGCGCGAGCUUCUUCGAUGCAGACCUCACAAGCGCUGACCUCUCUGAUGCUGAUCUUCGAGGCGCCGAUUUCUCGCUGGCGAAUUUAACAAAGAUUUUACCGAUGUCCCGCUGCGGGACGAUCAACGGGAAUACCUCUGCAAAAUUGCUGACGGAGUGA